AUGAGUUUAGCAUUUGAUGAAUAUGGUCGUCCAUUCAUUAUUGUAAGAGAACAACAAGCAAAAGAAAGAUUAAAGGGUAUUGAAGCUCACAAAGCUCAUAUCCUUGCAGCCAAAACCAUUUCAAAUAUUAUGAAAUCAUCAUUAGGUCCAAAAGGUAUGGAUAAAAUGAUGGUUAGUCAAGAUGGUGAAGUUACAGUAACAAAUGAUGGUGCAACUAUUCUCGAAAAUAUGCAAGUUGACAAUCAAAUCGCCAAAUUAAUGGUUCAAUUAUCAAAAUCACAAGAUGACGAAAUUGGUGAUGGUACAACUGGUGUUGUAGUUUUAGCAGGUUCAUUAUUAGAACAAGCUGAAGGUCUUAUCGAAAAAGGUAUUCAUCCAUGUCGUAUUUAUGAAGGUUAUGAAGUUGCUUGCAAGAUUGCCAUCGAACAUUUAGGAUCAAUUUCAGAUUCAAUUACAUUCUCAAAAGAUGAUCUUGAACCAUUAGUUAAAACUGCAAUGACUUGUUUAGGUUCAAAAAUUGUCAAUCGUUUCCAUCGUCAAAUGAGUGAAAUCGCUGUUAAAGCUGUUGUCUCUGUUGCCGAUAUGGAACGUAAAGAUGUAAACUUUGAAAAUAUUAAAUUAGAAGGUAAAGAAGGUGGUAAAUUAGAAGAUACUCAAUUAAUUAAAGGUAUUAUUAUCGAUAAAGGUAUUUCCCAUCCACAAAUGCCAAAAACUAUUAAAGAUGCUAAAAUUUGUCUUUUAACUUGUCCAUUCGAACCACCAAAACCAAAAACCAAGAAUUCAAUCGAAAUUACAAAAGCUGAAGAUUUAAAGAAAUUAGGUGAUAUUGAACAACAAUACUUUAUAGAUAUGGUUCAAAAAGUUAAAGCAACUGGUGCAAAUUUAGUUCUUUGUCAAUGGGGUUUUGAUGAUGAAGCCAAUCAUUUACUUCUUCAAAAUGGUUUACCAGCUGUCCGUUGGGUUGGUGGUUUAGAUCUUGAAAAAAUUGCUAUGGCAACUGGUGGUCGUAUUGUUGCUCGUUUCGAAGAUGUUAGUGCUGAUAAAUUAGGUAAAGCUGGUCUUGUUAGAGAAAUUGGUUUUGGUACCACCCAAGAUCGUUACCUUUCAAUCGAAGAUUGUCCAAAUACAAACGCUGUUACAAUUUUUGUUAGAGGUGGUAAUAAAAUGAUUGUUGAAGAAGCUAAAAGAAGUAUUCAUGAUGCUUUAUGCGUAACUCGUAAUCUUAUCAGAGAUAAUAGAAUUAUUUAUGGUGGUGGUUCAGCUGAAAUUUCAUGUGGUUUAAAGAUUGCAAGCAAAGCAGACGAAAUCCCAACCAUUGAACAAUAUGCUGUUAGAGCCUUUGCCGAUGCUUUAGAUGCCAUUCCAUUAGCAUUAGCUGAAAAUAGUGGUCUUGAACCAAUCGAAGCCUUAUCCGGUGUUAAAGCUUUACAAAUUAAAGAAAACAAUCCACAUCUUGGUAUUGAUUGUAACUACAAAAAUACAAAUGACAUGAAAGCUCAAUUCGUUUUUGACACUCUUCCAGGUAAAACUCAACAAUUUUUAUUAGCCAAUCAAGUCGUUAAAAUGAUUUUAAAGAUUGAUGAUAUUAUUAAACAAUCAGGUUCACCAGAUGACGAAUAA